GGCAUCCUUCGAGCUAGGCUUUGCAGUUGAAUCCGUCUGCUGAACGUUCGUAGGCUUUGGCGAGAGAGGUACAGGCAUCGUCGUGGAGAGGUGGCAAGGAACACGAGGGAGCAAGGAGAAAGUGCGGCAUGUGGUUGUUUAGCCGAGAGCCAUUGACAUGGGACCGUAACAGGAACCGAUGAUCCCGCUUAGCCUUCUACCAUGAUCCUACGCAACCUCCCUCGCUUCUACAGGCCUCUCUGCUCAGAACUACAUACCCAGUCUCCGUAUCCAAACUUUCCGUCUCGCAAAUUGCAUGGCAAUGCUAACAUCACAGACCCACCAGCCAGCGGCAUGUCUGCUAAUAUCUCACUCGCUCAUCCUCGGGAUCCUGCCUCAUCGAAGUCUUCAACUGUAGGCUCGCCAGGCAGCACUAGUCCACCGGAUAUACACUCUGUGCCACCCCCAUCCUCAUCCGCACCUCCUCCGUCUCCGCCACCGCCAAUCAAGGACACUGAGGACACUGAGCAUGUACCAAUACCGGAGAACUUUGCACCCGUUGUUGCUACUCCGCCAAUAGAAUCAACCCUACCAUCACCACACCAAGUCGCGCAUCUGCAAUAUGCCACCCCUCCUUUCAAUACUCACAAGUUCUGCAGGCAGUUAGAGUUGUCUUUCCCAAGAGAAUCGGCAGAAGGUCUCAUGCGUGCUACUCGUGCACUACUCGUGGACCGCAUAGGCAAGGUCAGGAGGGAUGCUUUGACUAGCAAGGACCUUGAAAGUGUACGUCUCGUCUCGUCAGGUGGAUAUAUAAUAAACAAUGUUAUAUCUUCUAUGUUGCAGCAAGAGUAUCUUUUCAAAGCAGCACUGUCAGAGCUGCGUACCGAAAUGACCAUGCGCGCGCGCACUGGAUCUGCUUCAAUGAGAUCCGCGACCGCUGCACUUCGCCGAGAAGUGGACGCACUAGACGGGAGGAUGAAGGAAGACUUGAGUAAUCUGAAACAUGAAAUCCAGAUGGAACUGGAUAACAGGAAGAACGAAGCUAGAAAUGACAUGAAGCGACAGGACAUCCAGAAUGAGGAAUUGUUGAACAAGUCUCUCGUUACGCUUGGCGAACUUCGUACCAUGAUGGAAGAAGCUCGCUGGGACAAUAUGCGAAAUUCUGUCGCUGCGUUGACCGGCUUUUUACUCGUCAUAGUGCUUUCCAUGGAGUUGCUAGUCACGAAGCCCAAGCCUCCUCCCCCGCCUCCUAAGCCAGACAUCAAUCAUCCAGAAGCAGAGGGGCUUCAGAAGAUGGACUGGGUUACAUGAUCAUUGCCCUCGCGCUCUCUUUAUCACUCUCGGACGAUCAUCAUGUCUCCUUGGAUUAUUUCACUAACCAUAUUCAAAUUUGAACGGGCUUACUGGGUAUGCUUUUGUAUCACAUAGCAUUCACUUUCCUUUACACAUAGAUCAUUCAAGUCAUUCACUGCAUAGUAUCCCUACCGGUACAAAUCAAACGUAAUUAUAUCAAUACACCCUUCUAUACCUCCUCCGAUUCAAGAGAUGAGAAAAACCAUAAGUGCAUCACCGAACGUCAAGCUUCUCCAACUUCUCCGCAAGUGCAGCUCCCUCAUCCUCUUCCUUUGGUCCCUUCUUCUCCUUCGGUCCUGGAGCAGCAGCCCAGUUUGGUUGUUCGGCCGUGUGUACACCCUUACUUUCCGCCUCCUUCAAUUCAGUCACCUUGCCCGUAUCUUCCUCAUCCUCAUCUUCCCAGCUAUCUUUGAUCUUUGCCGCCACCUCUUCAGACACCUUCUCCUUCCGCUUCUCUUUUCGCUUCUCGUUCUUCUUCGCAGAUUUCGACUUGGCAGCUGAAGACGAAGUAGAGGAAGCGGUUGGAGGGACCCAGCCUAUGAUGUGCCCUUUCGGGAGCACUGUUGCAUCCAUCUGGGCCUGCUUGGUUCCUCGGAAACGGCGAACAUCUUCUUGUGGUGUGAAACCGGGUCUAAUCUUUAGCUGUUUAC